CUCUAGAUAUCGCUCGUUGUCCAUGUUUGAUGAACGCGAUCUUGGUUUCGGAAGCCAGAUCGCAGCUGAGCGAGAGAAAAUCCUUGAGAUGGUAGACAAGGCGACGAAGGAAACAUCUGGUACACGUCUUGACGGCAUCAGGGGGUUUGAAGUUCCUCGGAGCAGCAGAACCGAGUGGGGGUCGAUGUUGCUUGUUGUGACCCCAGACGAUGUGAAGGAGCAGGAGGACAGGAACUUGAACUUACUCCUCCGAGGCUGCCUGAAGGACUUCCAGGGGGAUGUAGCUGCUUACAACCGGAGACUCAUUGUCAAAGUUCUGAUCUCAGCGACCGAGGACUGCGAGUGGGAGAGGGAGAUAGUGAUGAAGGACGUCGUGCCGUUCUGGCAAGAGCUCUGUGUCAUUAACGAUGUUGGGCUGGUUGUGUUGGACCUGCGCCUAGGGAUGGACAUCGACUUCAGAAACAUACACACGUAUGAGGAGAUGGUGAUGGGUGAGGUAAAGUCUUCUCACGCCAACGUUUCUCAUCUGUUUCACCUCUUCUUCGUGGGACGCAAGUACGGUCUAGUGUCGUUCCCUGCAAGGAUAGGAAAGCAAAGGUUUGAGGAGCUGGUCAAGCUUGUGGACGACUCGGGUGAUAGGAAGCUUGUCAAAGAAUUCUUCUCGCUGGACGCAAAUCAGCUGAGCUCGCAGGGGGUAGGAGCGGAUGAGAAAGCAACGGAGGGGCAAGAGUAUGUCCUGCAGAUGACAAAGCUGGAUGAAGAUUG